GACUGUACAAGUACUUCGUAUUGUUUAACUCGCAAAUACUUUCAGAUACUAUUGUGUCAAUAAAACUUUCAAAAACAAAUACCAUAGUAUACGACUAUACAAGUACUUUCUAUUGUUUAACUCACAAAUACUUGCAAGUGGAAAUACCAAAGAAGCUUCUACGGUUCUACCCUACUAGGCUAGUAGGCUGUAGGCUCCCAUCAAUGGUCAAGUUUUGGGCCCAUAAAAAAAGAUAAAGGACCAAAAAUUACAAGCUUAAAGAGUUACAGCCCAAAAUAUAUGAUUCCACAAGCAUACACGUCAAUGCUGAUCACAAAAACAACAGAAAUGACAAAAAAAGGAAACAAAAAAUAACAGAUAAACCAAUAUCAUGAAAGAUGCUAUAACUAGAUACAUUGAACCUAGACACCCUAAAUAUGUCCUAUAAAAAUAUGGUGCCAUUUCAUUCUACACCAAUAACAUUACACAUCAAACCUUCUAAACUUCUUUCUCUCCAAUCAAUCCAUAAUCAUAAGAUUCAUAACCUCUUACAUUAUCAACACCACUCUCCUUUUCUUUUGAGUCUACACCACGCUCCUCCCGAAUAAAAUAAUCGAGUAAAAUUUUGUAUUGUUUUUGUCAUUUUGUGUUAUAUUUGUUACAACGAUGGCACCUACUAUUGCCGUUUUUUCAUCACAAUAUAAUGGUAAAUCCUCGGAUAAAAAGAAAAAUGUCGAGGAUAUCGACAUGGAGGUGAUGAGAAAGAAAAAUGCGGAAUUGGAAAGAGAGUUAAGGGAGAGUUUGGAGAGAGAAGAGAAAAUGAAGAGAGAGUUGCAAAGAGCUUGGGAGAGAGUUAGGGUGGCGGAAGAGGCCGAGGAGAGACUUUGUUCACAAUUAGGAGAACUUGAAGUUGAAGCCGUCGAACAAGCGCGUGAGUACAACGCGCGUAUUGCUGCGUUGAUGGAUCAACUCUCACGUGCUCACGUGCUCCUCCAAUCUUCUUCAAUUUCUCCUCCCUCACAAUAAUAUUUUAAUAUUUUUAUAAUUUUGUAAUUUUUAUUUGUAGUAUUAUUGUAGUUGGGUGAGUUUUGUAAUCUUAAAAUUGAGGAAAUAUGGCUGAUUUUGUGAGAUAUGUUGUCAAUGAAGGAAGAAUAUGAACAUACUUUUUGUAUAUGUUGUUCCCAUCUAAUAUUGUGGCAUUAUAUAAUUUCCACUUGUGUAAUUACUUUGUCAAUAUACCAUUCGUUUAAGGGUUCUGAGUUCA